GCGCCGACCUCUGACGUCACGGCAUCAUGGCCGCUGCCGCCUGGUUUCCCGCCUGCCGGAGGAAGAUCGCUUUUCUUCUGCGCCGCGGAGGGCGGUCCUUUGCUUCCCAAACUGAGGGGGAAAUCCGGAUGACCCGAGUCCUUCAGGAGAAGUUCCCCCAGGCUGUUGCGAUUAAAGUCGUCGAUAUCUCAGGUGGUUGUGGAGCAAUGUACGAAAUACAUGUAGAAUCAGAAGAUUUUAAGGAAAAGAGAACAAUUCAGCAGCACCAGAUGGUUAAUCAGGCUCUAAGUGAAGAAAUUAAAACAAUGCAUGGACUGCGGAUAUUCACUUCUGUUCCCAAGCACAGAACUGACUGAUAUGAAAAUUACGCCUUUCAGAAGUUGUGAGAAGAUGCCCACUGGAAAAUCAUAAAACUAGUGGGCUGUAUUUCUGUCUUUCCCCCUUCCAAUCACCAAUGCCUGGUUUCAGCAGCAAUAUUUAUGUCAGAUUGAAAAUUUAACUCGUUUAAUUGUAUUAGAGUUUUUUUCAAGAAGACUACAGUGAAAGUCUCCUUAUCCGUGGUAUUAAAGCUAAGAACGAAAAAGAAUAGGAAAAAAUACUUGCAACAUUAUCUUGCUCUUAUUUUUAAUUCAAAACUCUGUCAUGGCUCAGAUGGAAAUUUAUUUGAAAUAUAACGCAAAUUGCUGCUGCUUUUGUUGAAGUUUCUGAUAAUAGGGGAUGCUAAUAGUUGUAGACUCACAAGUAUUAAAAUUGCUUGAAGUCUAAAGAGCCUUUCUUAUAAAAAGGCUGCUUUUAUACCAAUUCUCGGACAGUCUAGUUUUCUAAGAUUAUCUUUAAACAAUCCCAGUAAUGCAUCAUCAUUAGCUAUGAUGGGCAGGACUGCCUUUUCCUUCUGUUGUUGAGAAGGUGUUGGUCUAUUUAUUGCUUUAAAUGUAAUACCAAAUAAGAUAGAGUUUUAAUGAGGAAUAGUUUGACAUUAUAGCAUUCUGAAGGUGGGAAAUAAAUUUAAAUGACUUUUUUUUUUCCAAUUCAAUUGUAAAGGCCAAAUCCUGCUGUUUUCUUUCUAGUAGGGCUCUGCAUGCUUAAAAUGUUAUUUGAAGCAUUACAGGUAAUCUUUGGUUAAUGACCAUUUAUUCAGCAGUCAUUCUGAGUGAUGACAGUGGUGAAGGAAGAGACUUGAAGCUCUUGCAACUUCCCUGGAGUCACAUAUUGCAGUUCAGUCACUGGGCAACCAGCUCACAUUUACAAUGGUCACGUGAUCUCCACUGUUAGCUUCUGAAAAGUAAAGUCAGUGGAGAAGCUGGCAGGAGGUCACCAAUGGUAACAUACUUAACGACUGUGUGGAACCUCUGGAGCUGCUGGCAUAAACCAGCGCAGUUAUGUGAUGUCACGCUUUAUGACCAUGCCACGUCGUGAUGGGAUUCCCAUUCCCAAUCCAUUACCAUUGUUAACCAAGAACUGUGUGUACUUUGGUCUUAUCCUGAGCACUGCACCAGAACUUGAAAGGUGCCACAGCUUUAAGAAUCAUACUUCCUUAAUAGAGUGGUAUUCUUUUUGUACCCUUGUAGGGAAGCUAGAAAAAUAGUCAAGCUCAUUUACAAAUAUUCCUCUUAGAAGUAAUCAUCAUCAUCUUCUUUUAAUGAUAUAGUCUCAAUGUGCCCAGAGAGAGAACUAUCUACCUCAACUAGGAUCAAAAUCACAGCCUCCUGAUUGUGAGGCGAGAGCUCCACCUCGGGGCCACCGCACCACUCAUUCCUCUUAGAAGUAAUACUCAUUUUGAUUUCAGUAAUAGUCUUUAUUUUUGUUUCCCACUAAUAUAGAGAACUAAAUAGAUGUCAAAUAUAAAAGUCCUUAUGAGCAGUGAUAACUUAAGCUUUCUGACCCACACAUGCUUUGUGGUUCUGAACUGGGCAGAGCAUUGGAUGGGUAAAUGGAUUGUGUGCCAUCAAAUCAUUUUUGACUCCUAGUGAUUACAUCGAAUAUAAUAUAGACUGAUAUUAGUGAAGAGCACCUGUUAAGGUAUUACACAGAGUCUGUAAGGGGGAAGCACAAUAUUGGGGCUCAAUAUUUCAAGGGGGAAGCAUAGUAUUGUGCGAGUAAGCCUCUUCUCCCCUCCUGCAUUAGAGAAGUUGCACCUUCUAUAGCAGGGCUAUCAAACUCGUGUCACGGUGGCAUCAUGUGACGUGUUGGGACUUUAUCCCCCUUUGCUGAACUGGCCAGGGCCGGGACCAGCAUGUGAUUCUUCCGGCCAGCGGGCCAUGAGUUUGACACCCCUGCUUUAUAGCUCUUAGUCAAUCACACAAGGAAGUCAUCCGCUACAGAAGUGGCAGCCAGCUCAGGGAAAUAAUUUGAGUUUGGGGUAGAGCUUUACUCACAGGCACAACUUUGUGUGAACUGCAAACCCUCAUAAAGUAGAGGCCACCACACUGAAUAUAUCCUAAUCCUUUCCAAGCUUGUAAACACUCAUGCAAACAUUGUUACCCUGACACACCACUUUGUUAUGUGGAAGGACUAAAUAAUACAGCUAUGUUUUUAUAGGAGGUCAUUGUGACAAUAAAAUGUCUACUUGUGGAAUAAUGUACAAA